AAGUUACGAAGGAAUCAAAAAACAAUCACACAUCACAUUACAAAUACCACACAAACAACAUUAUGUUUUAGAGAAAAAUACUCCGAUGCUUUUUAACGCGGCUCAUCAGCCUUUUUAAAAUAUAAAAACUAACUUGACAUUGCGCAAAGAACGCCGUCAACUUCAGGUGGCGCACGAUUUGCUGCACUCCCGUGCAAAUAACCUUGUUACACUGUUGUUCGAAUGGUGAAUGUACAAAUUUAUAUAAUAAAUAAAUCACAGCUGACAAAAUAUAUUAUUAAUUACAUUGUUACACGGAUAAUCUAUACACCAUAAAAUAACAAUUCACGUCAUUUAAUUUGUAAUCAAUGAAGAUAAGACGUACGUCGUAUUGAAUUAUAGUGCGAAAGAAAAGAAUACGCAUAUUUUUAAUAAUGUCUACAGCUAACUGUAACAGUGAAAUAUAAAUAAUACAAUUGUUUGUAAUGUAUUUCAAUACAUUGAUAAAUACCGCUUGGUUAUUAAUGGUGACAGGACCUAACUUAACAUGAGGUGAAACUAGGUUUAUAAAAAUUCUAUUUGAUAUUGCUUGACAGCAUUUUACAAAAAUAUCGCAUGAUGGAAGCUCAUGAGAAUGAGCAAUAUGUUACAUUUCCUCUUUCGGGAGUACAUGAUGGUAUACAAGAUAAUAUCAUAUCUCAUGAAGAGAUAUGUGAACCUGUUGACGAAUGCGUUCUACAAGAAGGACUCACCGAGGUAUCUGUUACAGAUGUUAAUCCUAGUAUUACAGAAGCACAAGUUGCAGUUGAGAUUUUAGCUGAACAUUCCGAUGAGGAGGAUGAAAAUCGUGUAGUGUAUCCUAUAUAUAUUAAACAAGAAGAACAACAGCAAUAUACAUCUGGAGAUGACGAAUCCAUGGCUGUGGAAGCCCUUCGACAACUUGGGGGCAUGUAUCCUUGUUUUGAAGAUAAAAAAGUAUCUUGUCCGCAUUGUGCAAACCUUUUCACACAGACUGAGAUUACAAAGCAUCAUACUACCUGUUCUGGUAGUAAAUUAUCAUGUGUUACUUGUGGAGAAAGAUUUGAAAGAAAAAUAGAUUUAAACAACCAUAUAGUUUGUCAUCAAGUAGAUCGCCCACAUGCUUGCAGAACUUGUGGCAAUUUGUUUCGUUCAAAGAAUAAUUUAAGAUGCCAUAUGUUGCAAGUACAUCAAGUAGAAAGACCUCAUAAGUGCACCAUAUGUGGAGCAGAUUUUCAGAGGCCUUCUAGUUUAUCCAAUCAUAUGAAAAUUCAUACAUAUGUCGCUGGACGUGCCAUUAUGCAGGGUAAUAAUGUGUCACAAUCAGAAACAUUUAGAAAAUGGCCUGAAAAUAUGACAGAAUCUCAAAAUAAUCAAGUGCCAUCUUCAUCUGUUCAAACAGUUCAAAGUUAUGAUACUGUUCAAUGGACAGUUCCUUCUUAUAACUUUCAAAGUGAACAAACAGCAGUUAAUACAAUAUCCAACCCUGAAGAAAAAAUAGAUACUUUGCAUGAAUUUACUGUAAUGCCAAAUGGAGAAGUGACGCAAUUUGAAUAUACGCAACAAAAUAAUAUAAAUACUCAAGUCAAUCAACAAUACAAUCUUUCAUUAAACUCAUUUAAUAAUGCUGAUACAAUGGUGAAAGUUGAAACAUUACCAUAUAAUAAUGAAGAUAGAAAGAAUUAUAUAGAAGUUGAAACAAAUGAUACAAAACAGCAUACUUGCAGACAUUGUGGAAUUAGUUUUUCUCGUGCAACAGCACUAGUGUCCCAUGAAAAAAUUCAUGCAUCUAAAAAUUGGAACAUGCCAAUCGAAUGUGAAUAUUGUGAUAAACAGUUUCAAGAUGGCAAUCAUUUAGCAACGCAUCAAACAACUUGUGCAAAGAGACUGAUGCAAAGUAAUGUGGAACAAGGUACAUCUAAUAAUAAGUGGGGUAAACAUGCAUGUUCUGAAUGUGGUAAAAAAUUUACAACCAAACAAAAAAUGUUUAGACAUCAGUGGAUUCAUAGAAAGAAAACACAUUCUUGUGAAGUAUGUGGAUCCCAAUUUGAAAAACAGAAUCAAUUGGAUGAACAUAGAUUAUCAGCACAUCCUGGUGACUCUCCAUUUACUUGUACAGAAUGUGGCAAAAGUUUCGUAUCACGUCAAGGACUCUGGGAACAUGGUAGAACACAUGCUGGGAGUCCUGCGCAUUUUCAUUGUGAUACAUGUUCCAAAACAUUUUCAUCAAGACAAGGAUAUCUAAUACACCAUAGGACUCAUACUGGGGAAAGACCAUAUGGUUGCAAAUUUUGUUGGAAAGCAUUUAGAGAUGGUGGGACAUUAAGAAAACAUGAACGUAUUCACACAGGAGAAAGACCUCAUGUUUGUCCUUUAUGUUCAAGAGCAUUUAAUCAAAAAGUUGUUUUAAGAGAACAUGUUCGAUGGGUUCAUGCAGCAGGAAAGAAUGAAACUGAAGUAACUGGACCUCCUUUCUCAUGUCCUAUAUGUGGUGCUUUAAAUCAAGAUCGAGAUGAAUUAUGUGCACAUAUUGUUAAACAUUCAGACCAAAUGAUUGCAGAAGCAAAAGCUAAAACAAACAAUAAUGCUCCGAAAACCAAGCCAGUUAAGAAGAAAUCAAAAGCAUCUACAAGUACAAGUUUACAAGAAAAACAAGGCACUGGAAGUCGUAUAAUUUCUAAAUCAGAGGAAAAUGAAGCACUUUUAUCUAUUACAGAAACAGAUAAAUCAGAUGACCAACAAAUUUUAAGUGAUAAACAAAAUAAUACUUUUCUUGUUGUUACUACAGAAAAACGUAAUGAAAAUUAUAUUUCAAUAUCUGAACUUAAAUCUGAGGAUGUACAAUUGUUAGUUGAUGAGAAACAUGAAGAUGAAGAUAUGCAUAUUUCACAAACUAAUCAUAACCAUAGAGAAUCUUUAAAUACAAGUCAUAUAGUCUCUACAGAGCAAGAAAGAAGUGCACUUCACACAAGCAGCCAUAAUGCAAUAACUACAAUGCAUUUAAUACAAACUUCAAAGCAAGAAAAUACUUUACAUUUAAUAUCAAAACAAAAUGAAUCAUUGCCUGUUCUAACAUUACCAAAUUCUCAAAGCCAUGAAAAUUUUCCCAGUCAAAUUGCACAAAUAAGUAAUGAUUUACCUAUGGACAUGGUAACUCACCAUUCAACUAGACAAAGUCAAAAUAUCAAAGAUGAAGUUGUAGAAGAAUCGUUAAUACAAGAAGGAGGAUCGCAAACGGCUGUAAUACAGGUUGUACAAUAUCAUCAACAAGACAGUGAUGAUGGAGAGGAAUUAGUCUGUGGUAUUUGUGGAGAAGAUUUUAAUGACAAGAAUGUAUUAAUGGAACAUGUUAAAAUUCACAUAUAAUUAUUGUUACUUUAUUACUAUCCAAGUUUGUGAUAUUCUUAUGCUAUUAAUGUGGCUAUGUAGAAAAUAACAAAUUCAAAAAUUUCUUAUGUUCUUGAAAGAAAGAAAAAAAUAUUAAGCAUAACUAUUUAAGUAUUGUUUCAAGUAGUUGUAGAAAAGCACCAAUUUUCUAUUUGUCUUGUAAAUGCACACUGAUAUUAAAAAGAAACAGGGAAUUUCAAUGAUACUUGUACAUUUUUAAUUAAUUUGUUUUUGUUCCUUCAAAAUGCUUUUGCACCUUUAGGUCAUAUGUUAUACACAUGAUAAAUAAUGUAUAUUGUUUAAAAUAAAAUAUAGAUAAAGAUUUAUAUAUUAUGUAAAGCACAUUACUGAUUGUCUUAAAACAUAUCGUAAAACAAUUUUAACAAGAUUAUAUAAUUCUCCUUUGUAUUGUUUAAAACUUGAUUUCACGUAUCAUUUUUCGAUACGUAAAUUAUAAUUGAAUCGAGUGACACUUAAAAUGUAGAAUGUGAGGUGCAAUAAGAAAAUAAAGUACAUUUUAUUUUCUACAUUUAUUUCA